AUGAGCGAUGUAAUUAGGAUAGUUCAUAUUGGUGCUGGAAACCAUUCUGUCACAAACAAAAGCCAUCACAGACAUCUCAUCAAACAGGCACUAUUGUGUGAUGGGUUUUUGGAAUCUUCAAGAUUGCUAGAGAUUUCCAAAUGGACAAAUACUGGCUUUGGGUCAUCGCUUACAUUAGAAGGAAAGGUAGAAUGUGAUGCCAGUUUUAUCCACUAUAAAUCUGGAAAGAUACGAAGUCGAUCAAUUGUUGGAAUUAGCGUAGAGAAUCCAAUAGCCGAAACCUGGAAACUUUAUGACAACCUAGAAGAAACUUAUAGCAGGACAAGCUCAGGAUUAAGUUGUCCGACAUCCUUACACUAUGAGAGUGCUGAAAAGUCAAUUGAUUUUGUUGACAGAGAAAUCAAUAAACAUAAGCCUUUAGAAAUUGUUCAUCUUGGCAAAUCCACAAGAAACUUGGUUCUGAACAGAGCUCGAAGAACUUGGGAGCUCUAUAGAGCCAACAUAUUUGCUAGUGGUAUCCUGGUACAAGAUUCAGUUGAUGCUAUUUCGGAUACAAUAGGUAUAGUUGAAAUAGCUCCAGAAGAUGGAAUAACCAAAAUCUCAUCUUCAUCUGGCGGAAACUUCUUCAAGCUACCUGGUAGAAUUGGCUGUGCUGGCGUAGUCGGAGCUGCCAUAGACUUAAAGAAUUCAGAUAGCUAUGAAGUAUGCUGCAUGUGUAGUGGAAAUGGUGAAGAUGUGAUUACGUUACUACUUGCCAAUUAUGUUUCGACCCAAAUCCUUACUAAGUUAGAGACAUUAAAAGAAUCAAAAGAAGAAGAAGAAUUGGAUGACGAAUUAGACUAUGGGGCUUUGUUGGUGGACAUUAUCAAGAAACACACUAGAAAGUACGAACUUAACUCUUGCAAAGAGCAACCUGAGCCGUACUUGGGAGCAAUUAAAGUUUCUACUUCGGGUUCAUUAAUAAGAGUGACGGGGAGCCCAAUAUUGUGCUAA